AUGGUGCCAGGAAUAGACAACAGUAGUCCCCUAUAUUUACACCCAUCAGAUGGUAGUAAUUCUAUCACUGUAGAAAAACUUCAAGGAUCACCUAAUUAUAGAUCAUGGAAAAGGUCUCUAGAAAUAGGCCUAGCUUCCAAGAGAAAACUAGGUUUUGUGACUGGAACAGUGAAGAGAGAUCCUAGUGAAGCAGUGAAACAGGAGGCUUGGGAUACUUGUAAUAGUAUGGUUAUAUCAUGGAUUAUUGGAAAUGUGAGUGAAUCCAUAAAAAAGUCUAUAAUGUUCCUGAGUAGUUCAGCUGAAAUGUGGAAACAACUUGAAAAGAGAUAUGAAGUUACAAAUGGGUCUAGAAAGUACAAGUUGUCCAAACAAUUGUAUGAGACCAAGCAAGGUGAAAAAAGUAUAACUGACUACUAUACUGAAAUGAGGGGAUUGUGGGAAGAACUUGAAUCAUUGAAUAGUUUACCACCCAUCACCACUUUAACAAAUGAAGUGAAUGCUUUUGUGAAAGCAAUGAAUGAACAGCAAGAGGAGCAAAGGCUGUUUCAGCUAUUAAAUGGGCUUGAUGAUGUGUAUGGUGUUCAGAGGAGUCAUUUACUGAUGAUGAUUCCAUUACCCUCAGUAGAUGUGGCAUGUAGCUACUUGCAUCAAGAAGAAAGUCAAAGAGAAGUCUUGAGGCCAGUAAAAGAAGAGGCUGAGGCUGUUGCUAUGUUAAGCAAAAGUAGUGAAGUCAGCUGUGGAGAAUGUGGAAAGAUUGGUCACACGAAGGAUAAAUGUUGGAGAAUUGUGGAUACCCUAGUAGACACCCCAAGUCUCAAAGAGAUGGAAAAGAAAGAAUUAAGGAACCAUGGUACAGCAAUAGAGGGGGAAGGUGGAAUAGAGGAGGCAUAA